AUGAAAAUAGUUAGCUGGAACUGUAGGGGGUUAGGGAAUCCUCGUACAGUUCGAGCCUUGUUAAGGCUCAACCGUCUGGAAAAUGUCGAUGUAUUACUCGUUAUAGAGUCUCGUCUCAAGAAUGAUGAAGUGCUGAGCAUUAAAAUAAAGUCUGGUUUUGCAGAAGUCUAUGUGGUUGAAUGUAAAGGGACCGGAAAGGAUAGGGCUGGUGGUCUUAUCAUGUUCUGGAAAGAGAAGUUUCAAAUUAGCAUCCCAUCUUCCUCGUUAAAUCAUAUUGCUGGAUCGAUGAUUGAUGAUGAGGAUGGUCAGAAGUGGAAUCUCUAUGGCAUUUAUGGCUAUCCGGAAGAACUGAAUAAGAGAAAGACGUGGCAUUUGAUUCAAACUUGUUUUGGGGAAGAAGGUGACAAAGCAACCAUUUUUGGGUUCCUGAAUGACAUACUGUGGGAUCAUGAGAAGAGGGGUGGCAACAGUAGAACAACUAGCCAAUUUUUGUGGGGAAGGACUGCUGUUAAUUCAUGUGGGUUAGUGGACCUGGGGUUUGAUGGUUAUCCCUUUACUUGGACUAACGGAAGGAUAGGGGCUGAUAACACUCAAUGUCGCCUUGAUAGAGAGAUGGCUUCUAAUAGUUUCAUCAACAGGUUCUCUCCUAUUAGAUUCUAUCAUCUUUCAAGGUUUCACUCUGACCAUGCUGCUAUCAGCAUUUCCCUCGAAGCUGAAAAUACUCAGAACACUGACAGAAGGAAGCGUCCUCACUUGUUUCGUUUUGAGGAGGUGUGGAGCAAAGAUCCUAGGUGUGAAAAAUUUGUUGACCAGCUGUGGAAUGAUUCCAGCACCAGGGGCUUCAAUAUGUUUAAAAAUUAUGUGGAGACAAAGGAGCAGGGCUUUGUGUCUAAAGCAUGGAGUAGGAACUCUAAAUUCUUUCAUGUAAAAGCAAAUCAGAGACGUAAGACAAAUGCUAUAAAGAAGAUAAAGGAUGAGAAUGGGCAUUGGUGGAGAGGCCAAGAGAAUUGCGAACGUAUUCUGGUUACUUAUUUUGCUGAUAUCUUCUCUUCUACCUUUCCCACUAACAUUGCUGAGGUUUGUAAAGUUGUGGAAGGAAGACUCACGACUGAACACAUAAGGAUCUGUGAAGAGGUUUAUACGGCUGUAGAGGUUAAAACUGCUUUAUUCCAAAUGCACCAUUUGAAGGCACCUGGGCCGGAUGGGUUACCUGCCCUCUUUUAUCAAAAGUUUUGGCACAUUGUGGGACACGAUAUUUGCAAACUUGUUAUGGACAUCCUCAACAACCAAAAACACCCUGGCAUCAUUAACAACACCCAUAUAGCCCUUAUUCCCAAGUGUAAAAUUCCAGCCAAACCGAAGGAUUUUAGACCCAUCAGCCACUGCAAUGUGGUGAUGAAACUGGUGUCGAAGGUGAUUGCUAACAAGUUAAAGCUCUUCCUUCCGGAAAUCAUCGAUGAAGAGCAGAGUGCUUUCGUCAAAGAUCGUUUGAUUAUGGAUAAUGCUUUGAUUGCAAUGGAAUGCUUCCAUUGGAUGAAAAAGAAGGUGAAGGGAAAGAAAGGUAUCAUGGCCCUAAAACUUGAUAUGUCUAAGGCCUACGAUAGGCUUGAAUGGAAUUUUAUUGUGGAGGUUUUAACUUCUAUGGGCUUCCCUAGAGCGUUGGUGGAGCUGAUAGAGAAGUGUAUAACCUCGGUGUCCUACAAAGUGCUGAUCAAUUGUGUCCCAAGCAGAAGUUUCACACCGGAGAGGUGUCUCCGUCAAGGCGAUCCACUCUCUCCUUACCUUUUUAGCUUGUGCGCUAAUGUUUUUUCAGGUAUGAUAAAGAAAGCGGCCAGGAAGAAGGAGGUCUAUGGAAUUAAGGUUGCGCGAAAGUCUCCCAUGAUCACACACCUAUUCUUCGCUGAAGAUAGUCUUCUUUUCGCUAGAGCCAACCUGGAGGAAGCAAAUCGAAUCAAGGAGAUUCUCCAAAUCUACGAGCGUGCUUCAGGUCAAGUGGUGAAUUUUAACAAGUCAGAAGUGUCCUUUAGCAAGAAUGUGGGGGAUGUCACUCGAGCCAAUAUCCGAAAUGGCUUAAGUGUCAGUUCUGUCCCUAAUCAUUCAAAGUACCUUGGGUUGCAAGUCAUUUUUGGGAGAUCAAAUAAGGUAGUUUUCUCAAUGGUGGUGGAGAGGGUGUGGAAAAAGAUUAAAGGUUGGAAAGAAAAGUUUCUAACAACUGCAGGGAAGGAAAUUCUCAUAAAGGUUGUCGCGCAAGCUAUCCCCACGUACGUGAUGAGCUGCUACAAAUUACCAAUUUUAGUUUGCAACGAGAUAGAAGCUUUGAUUGCCAAUUUUUGGUGGGGAGCAAAGAAAGGGGAGAGGAAGUUGCACUGGCUAAGUUGGGAAAAUAUGGCUAAGGCGAAGAGCUUUGGUGGGUUGGGUUUCAGGGGAAUCAGUGACUUUAAUUUGAGUCUUCUUGGGAAACAUUACUGGAGAUUACUGUCACAGGAAGAAUCGUUGGUGGGAAAAGUUCUAAAAGGAAGAUAUUUCCCUAGGGGCUCUAUUGACACUUGUGAUGUUGGCUACAGCACUAGCUAUGCUUGGAAAAGCAUUAUGGGAGCGAGAGAAGUGGUGCAAAAGGGUGCUAGAUGGAGAAUAGGAAACGGAGAAAAGGUGAAGAUCUUAAAGGACAGCUGGAUUCCGGGCAAUUACGAGUUUAAACUUUUGUUUGGAGCAAGUAAUGUUGGAGAGGAGGAUCGUUUCAGUGAUCUUAUUGACAAAGAGCUUAGUGUUUGGAAAAGAGAGGUUAUUUUGGGCAAGUUCUCUGCUGAAGAUGCUAAGAAGAUUGUUAGUAUUCCUCUUUCAAGGCUACCAAACGAUGGCAAGCUGGUGUGGCAUUUCGAAAAGAGUGGUAAGUUCUCUGUCAAAUCUGCGUAUCAUGCCACGCGUUCGCACAAAGCUUCUCCCAUUCCUGGCCCCUUUGUUCUGGCUUUCCAGAGGCUCUGGAAAUUGAUUUGGAAGGCGCCUAUUUAUGCAAGGCAACAAAAUUUUCUCUGGCGUGUGCCUAAAAACAUCCUUCCCACGAGGGGGAAUCUUGUAAAAAAAGGUAUGACCAUUGACUCUUCUUGCCCCUUCUGUUCUUCUGGGAUUGAGAAUGUGCACCAUAUUUUUAUGGAUUGUCACUUUGCGAAACAAGUCCUUUUUGCUUCUUCCAUUGGCUACCGUAUUCCCCCUUGUCUAGACGUGAACCAGUGGAUCCAAUCUGUUUUGGGGUGUGGUGAUGCUCAUAGUGCUCAGGUAAUUUUUGCUUGCCUCUACAAAAGCUGGGCUGCUAGGAAUUUAGUGGUGUUCCAAGGAAAAUCUGCUUGUCCUAUAGCAGUCGCAGGUGGUGGUUUUGACUGCAUGCAGGAUUAUAUUAGAUGGCCUCCUGAUUCUGUUGGGAAGAAAAUUCCUUCUGCCGGAAGGACCAAUGUCACAUAUCCCCAUGAUGUCCAUUUUGUGCAGGUGGAUGCUGGCUUCACGGAGGAAGGAGACACGGUAUUUGAGUGUACUUUCAAGGACCCUUUCAGUAAGGUGAUGUUGGCUGCCAGUAAGAAGGACCAGAUUAUGGUCGAUGCUAGUCUUGCUGAACUCAUGGCUAUUAGGUGGUGUAACCUAUUAGCAGAUGACCUUAGAAUGGACAAGAUAGUGUUCCAAUCAUAUGCAUUGGUGGUUGUUGACUGCAUCAACUCUAUCUCUAGCAACGCUUCCCUCGAGCCUAUCGCAGCAAAGUGUAGGAUGCUUUUGCGUAAUUUCUCUUAG